AUGUCGUCCGAACAAGAGACGAAGAGCACUGAAGAAACCCAAAUCGGCGGAAACCUCGACGCUGCUGGCUCUGCUUCAGGAGCUGCAAACAUCGGAGCAAACGCUUCCUCCAAGAAGUCUGAAGAGAGACGAAAGCCCAAAAAACUAGGCCAGAAAGGUCAAGCGAACGGUGAAAAAGCAGACGGCGAAGGCGACGCAGACGGACCAGAAGAAUCUCCAACACCACAACCAAAGAUGGAGCCGCAGACAUCAGCAUCAGCAUCUGCCCGCUCCGGUUCUCGACGAGGGAGCCGGGGUCGCGGUCGAGACUCGAGCGAACCCCCCAGUGAGGUUGACAGCGCAUAUCGAAGCGACGUCUCCCAGAAAGGCGGACGACGGAACCGAAACCGGAACAGAGGCAAGGCCCAGGCCCAAACACAGCAGCAGGGGAAGGGCGGCCUCCUCGGCGGAGGCGGCGGGCCCCUUGAUGCAGUUGACGAGGUCGGCGACACGGUGAAUGGCGUCGUUGACGGCGCCGGAAACCUCGUGAACGACACUGUCGGCAAAACCUUGAGCAAGCCCCACGAAGCUCUUGGAGGACUGCUGCACAGCAAAGGCGGCAAGGAAGGGGAGGGAGAAGAAGAUGACGGCGAAACCAACGAACAAUUGAGAUUAAGACUCGAUCUUAACCUAGACAUUGAAGUCCAACUGAAGGCCAAAAUUCAUGGCGAUUUGACCCUUGGCUUAUUGAACUAG